AUGAUAUUAGCUUCGUUUCUGUUUGCGACUUUCUUCCAUCUGACUUGCGUAUUGGCAAGGGUAACAUUCCAUGACACCUCUAGCCUAGGAUGGGAUCCAACCAUUGUCCAGUUUGCUGGUUAUAUUGAUGUUGACGAGGGUCAUAAUAGCCUGUUUUACUGGUUUUUUGAAUCGCGCAAUGAACCUGCUAAUGACCCUGUGAUCCUUUUUCUGAAUGGCGGUCCCGGUUGUUCCUCAAUGAAGGCUUUGUGGCUCAACUUUCCAGGUGUUAUUCAGGCAAACCUUUCUCAUACAUACAAUCCAUACUCAUGGAAUGCUAAUGCAAGUAUCUUGUACUUAGACAACCCUGCCGGAACUGGCCUUUCGACAGUUGGCCGUGACGUGAAUAACACUGCUGAUAUGAGCCGCCAAGUUUAUGAAUUCUUGAACAUAUUUUUUGACUCAUUUCCCGCCUAUCGAGAGCUUGAGGUGCAUGUCGUUGCAUUAUCUGAUGCUGGCUACUAUGCACCAGAUAUUGCUGUUGAAAUCUUAUCUCAUGACGAGAAGCUAUUUAACUUGGCCUCCAUAGCGAUUGGAAAUGGCCUUGUCAAUGCCCAGCUACAAUACCAGUAUAUUCAGCCCAUGGUAUGUGGAGCUGGUGGUAUCUCUCCGGUUCUCUCACCAGAGACAUGUGCUGAUAUGGACUUGGAUACUCCACUGUGCGUGGAGCAGAUUUCCGAUUGUAAUACGCAAGGAUAUGGAUGCUCAGAAGCUUUGGAUUUCUGUAAUCAAGUAACAUUUAAUAAGAUAGGCAACAACCUGUUCAACCUCGAACAACCGUGUGACAACAUAACCUCAGAAUGCUAUCCUGGAGACACAUACUACGUACAGUACAUGAAUUUACCAGUCGUCAUGACUACUGUGGGUUCGAAAAAAACAAACUUCACGGCUUGCAAUGCGACAAUUGCCCAAGACUUCGCCGAUUCGGGGUCACAGCUAACUGUUAGCAGCAGAAAUCUUACCACUAUUCUAGAGGAAGGUGUACCAGUUCUGAUAUUUAGCGGCGAUCUUGAUGGAACAUACAACUGGUUAGGAACUAGAGCAGUGUCCAAGACCCUAAAGUGGUCAGGUCACGACGAGUUUAUCUCUUCUAAUGCUACCGAUUUAGAACUUGACAAAACAGUUAUCGGGCAAGCCACGAAUUAUGAGAAUCUGUCAUUUGUCAGAAUAUUCCAGGCUGGUCAUCUAACCUCGUAUGACAAGCCAAAAGAAACUCUUAAAAUCUUAAAUACAUGGAUGGCUGGAGACUACUCUUUUAAAUCACUGCGUUCGCAGGCUUAUAUAACACUCAGAUAG